AUGAUGGAUUCCAAACCCAUGUCUACACAUAUGGAAUCAGGUUUGCAACUAUCCACAUCUGAUACAUCUUCUCAGGUGAAUACAACUCUCUAUCGUCAAAUGAUUGGAGGUUUGAUUUACCUAACUUAUACUAGACCAGACAUUAGUUUUUCUAUUAAUUACCUAUCCAAAUUCAUGCAAGAACCAAAAACGUCUCAUUGGAAUGCAGUAAAAAGGGUCUUAAGGUAUAUUCAUGGUACGAUAGAUCAUGGUUUGGAAUACAAAAAUAAUGAUCAUUUUUUCCUGACAAGGUACACAGAUGCAGACUAUGCAGGUUUAGUUGAUGAUAGGAAAUCCACUUCUGGAUAUGUUUUCUUUCUUGGUUCAGGACCUAUUUCUUGGGGAAGUAAGAAGCAACCCAUAGUUGCUCGUUCUUCUACAGAAGCAGAGUAUCGUGCAGCAAAUGCAACAAUUUGUGAAGCAGUUUGGCUACGUCGCAUAUUUGAAGGAUUGGGGGAGAAGAUCCCCAAGACCAGGUAUUAUUAUUACAAGAAUUCUUCAACAACCCACAAAAGCAGGAGUGGAAAAGAUGGUGAAUGUGGGAGCAAAUCAUCUUCUCUCAGAAAGCGUUGUGUGGGUGCAGUGAAAGAGCGGAGAGCCAGAUUGUGCAUCAUUACACGCUGUCUUGCCAUUCUACUCUGCUGGCACAGAUAUGAAGAUGCUUAG